GCAAAAUGACAACAAGCAACGAUGAAGAUGCUGAGGUUGCUUACACCUUCAUAAUCCACACUGGAUCAAACCUCCCAGAUCAGAAAUCAACAAAAAAGUGGGAUGAUGGCACUAUGAUCCUGAAGAUAAACCCGGGAUCUGACACAACAGAAUCCAAAGAUCUCCGAGUCAAAGACCACUUCCCGACAAUGACCGAGGGAGAUGUGAGGAUUGACCUUUGGCUUCCAUCUGUCAUUGGAGUGCCAAAACUGCUGAAGGUGGACUUGGAGAGCAACAUGCUGGAGAUCAUCAAAGACGCUCUGUACAUCCGGGAAAUAACCAUUAUUUAUAACAGGGCCUCUUACCGGUUCCCCAUUAAAAACUAUCUCUAUCCCCACAGCCCUGUCCAUAACCCGACUGAACCCAAGAUGGGUUGUCCGCCUCAUAUCCUGGUACGUGAAGGGGCUGGUACACUCCGACACCGUGAAACAGAAGACUUCAUCGUCAGGGCCAGAGACGAGGACAGGGCGAUUAUGCAGUCUAUGAUAAAGUGGAAUGAUGCCGAGGUGAACUCUGCCGGACUGCUGUUUCCUGGCUAUUUGGGGGUCAUGGAUUAUGAUAAACUACCUAGGAUCCUCAAAUUUAGAGAGGCAACAUUAGACAAUUUCAUGGAGCUGAGGUCAUCUGGUAGGAAAGAGGUUAAAAUUAAUAUGCUACAAAACAUGGGGGGUAAGGUCUUCGGCACCUACAAGGAAGAGAGAUUUGAGUCUUUCGAACAAUUCUACUUGUAUCUAAAAUAUAAAGGAGAUGAAUUGGGCUGGGACAAGGAAAUAGUUUAUGAGGCAAUGAAAGUGGCAAAGAUAUUUCGGCAAGACGAGGAGUUUGGGAGACAAAUACUAAGUGGCUGCAAUGCUUGGAUGAUUAAAAAGGUGAUAUCUCUCGAAGUGAGGUGGGCCGCAGGGACUGUUCCAAUGUACACACUGGAGGGCAAAUCUGUCGAACAAGUGUUGGAAGAGGGUCGUUUGUUUGAAGUAUCAUACGAUGACCUGAUAGACAUUCCCCACGGCGGAGGACUGAGCAAGAUGCUGACAGGAACCUCUCAAACAUGGUACACAGUGCUCGCAGAUUGUCUUUUGUACCAGAGAGAUGACGGUAAGCUGGUUCCCAUUCUGAUCCGACUGGAAAACAGGAAUGAUGGGGAACCUGAAACCUGGUGGUCACCUCCUGAGCCUGAGAAUACUGACCUGAAUCACCCCGCACACCUCGCCUGGUUGUGGGCCAAAAUGUGGUUCAAAUGUGCCGAGGCAAGCUGUAACUUUGUCAUCACUCACUUUGCUCGUGCUCAUGCCACCAGCGAGAUAUUUGCAGUUGCUGUUUACAGAACCCUGCCCAACGCCCACCCGAUAUUCAGGCUUCUUCAACCACACAUUAUUGGUGUUAUCCCGAUAAACGUUCAGGGGCGGGCUGUUCUUAUUAAUCCUAACAAGAACGCAUUCGCAUGUGUUGUGUCCGCUGGAGACCACCUUGGUAAGGUCUUCCACAACCACUUCAAAAACUUCUCUUACGAGAACCUGAUUUUACCAGAUGAUGUUAAGAAACGGGGUGUUGAAGACAUCCCCGAGUAUCUGUUACGGGAUGAUUUCCUCGCACACUGGGCCAUUAUCCAGGAAUACGUUGAAGAGAUUGUGAAUCUAACAUACUUAUCUGACGCAGAUGUAGCUAAAGAUGAAGAACUGCAGAACCUUUUCAAAGAAAUUGUUGACUUUGGCUUCCGGGGUUUCCCAAACGGUGCCGGUUUCCCGCGGGUUGUAUCAGACAGAUACAAGUUGACUGAGUAUUUGACAGCAAUCAUCGUCAACAUCUCCACAUUCCACGCAGCGGCUAACUUCCAGGUUCUAACAAGUUGCGGGUUCGUCCCAAACAUGCCAUCCUGCCUCUCCAUCCCUCCCCCAAAACAACACGACAACAUCACCAUGGAACUCAUAGUAGAAUCUCUACCUGUGCGAGAAAUCGCAUUCCUCGCUCUGAACAUUGUUUACGUGCUCGGCCAGUUCUCUCCAAUCGACUGCUUCUUCUUGGAGGAUGCCGCAGCAAACAAGCGUGGUAUUAUCGGAGAGAACAUGAUAGUAGCUCCGGAGCAGGAGGCUUGCAUUCACAGACUGGUUGAGAAAAUGAGGCAGCUCAAGGAGAAGAUUGAUGCUAGGAAUGAUGGACGGUAUUUGAAGUAUGAUGUGUUGAGUCCUGUUAACAUACCUCUUGCGACUGCGACAUGAUAGCAGUGAUAAGACUAUUAUCAUGCGAAAGUAAAAUAGCAUUAGCAUGUUUUAGUUUAUAUAGCACUUCAGAGGGAAAUUUAGAAUAUAAUUUAAUUAUUAAAUUAUAAUUUAAUAUAAUAAUAGAUAUUUUUAUUCUGAACAGAUACGAGCGACUGGCACUGUUAAACAUAAAGUACGCGAAUUUCAAUGUAUAACUUCAA